AUGACGAGCCUAGACGAUAAUAGCAUUUGGCAGAAAGCGAAUGAAGAGGGAAUGGAAGAUUUGGGGCAAGAGAUUUUGAAAGCGAGCACCGACGAGAUAAAUCAACUUACGCGGUUGUUAGAGAAUGAGAUCAAGGUAUUUAAGUCAGAAUAUCAGCGUUUGACUCAUGAGCAGAAUCAUAUGAGGGAGAAGAUAAAGGACAAUCGAGAGAAGAUAAAGGUUAACAAGCAAUUACCCUAUCUUGUCGGAAAUGUGGUUGAGCUGCUCGAUAUGAAUCCAAAUGAUGAGCCAGAAGAAGAUGGAGCAAACAUCGAUCUAGACGCACAUCGUAAAGGCAAAUGUGCCGUAAUCAAAACAUCGACGCGACAGACAAUCUUCCUGCCUUUAAUCGGUCUCGUCGAUCCGGCUACUCUAAAACCUGCCGAUCUUAUUGGAGUAAACAAAGAUAGUUACUUGGUCUUGGACACUUUACCUGCAGAAUAUGAUUCAAGAGUGAAAGCAAUGGAAGUGGAUGAAAAGCCUACAGAAGACUAUACGGAUAUUGGAGGUCUAGACAAACAAAUUGAAGAAUUAGUUGAAGCGAUUGUCUUGCCAAUGUCGCAUGGGGAGAGAUUUAAAAAUCUAGGAAUUAAACCACCGAAAGGAGUAUUGAUGUAUGGUGCGCCUGGAACUGGAAAGACUCUGUUAGCAAGAGCAUGUGCGGCACAGACAAACUCGACUUAUUUGAAGUUAGCUGGACCACAACUUGUCCAGAUGUUUAUCGGUGAUGGCGCGAAAUUAGUUCGCGAUGCAUUUAAUUUGGCAAAAGAGAAGGCACCUUCUAUUAUUUUCAUUGAUGAGUUGGAUGCCAUAGGAACGAAACGAUUUGACAGUGAGAAGAGUGGAGACCGAGAAGUUCAACGGACAAUGUUGGAGUUAUUAAAUCAACUUGAUGGAUUCAGUAGCGAUGAACGAAUUAAGGUAAUUGCUGCCACAAAUCGAAUAGACAUUCUUGAUCCUGCACUUUUGCGAUCAGGUCGUUUAGAUCGAAAAAUAGAAUUCCCCCUUCCCAACGAGGAAGCACGUGCUCGUAUCCUUCAGAUUCAUUCGCGAAAGAUGACGGUUGCUGCUGAUGUAAACUUUGAGGAACUUGCCCGUUGCUGUGAUGAGUUUAAUGGAGCACAAUGCAAGGCCGUUUGUGUCGAGGCUGGUAUGCUGGCACUUCGACGCGGUGCCACCGAAUUGAGUCACGAAGAUUUCAUGGACGGUAUUCAAGAAGUAAUGGCAAAGAAGAAGACGUCACUCCAGUAUUAUGCAUAG